GACGGGCCAUGGGAGGCUGUAGACUGUUGUCCUAGACAGCAGCUAACCAGAGGGGCAGUAGGACAAGGUGGGGUGUAGGGGGGUGGGGAGGGAGAGAAGAAGUAAGGGGAGAUUAAGCCUGGAGUACCUACAGCCUGGGGUUGUGAAAGGAUAUCGCAUGUAUUUGACUCUCACUGCUGGCCUGGGUGUGGUUCUGAAAGACUGGCUGACAGGACAGAUAUUCUAAUUUAAUGCUUAUCAAAGGUGUCUGCGAAAUUAUUUAAUAAACCCUGCCCAAUUUCUUAUAGAUCCAACUGCUAUAUUGGGGAAAAUACUCAUUGUCAGUUUUGGGUGCCAUGUCAGUCUCUACUAUCAUUUAUUGGAAGGAGACACAAUGAAAGCGUGGGAGAAAUGCAAUUUUACAAAGAAAUAAAUAUACACCUAUAUAUUUGUAUGGUUUUGUAAUGUUGCGUAUAAGUCAAUGGCUGCUUAUGAGGCUUGGUUGCUUCUCUGUUUUUUUCAAUGUGAGGAAAUACUGGCAGACAGGGUUCUUCUGCUAGCACUCUGGUUUUACCUUCGCUGUGUGUGUUUGUGUGUCAGUCAGCAAUAUUCUUUUUCUCGAUCAGAGUAUAUCCUUAUCACGCUUUAAGAUGUCUUGGAUGAUCUUUUAAAGGUGCAACAUGUCUUGUUUUGUUCUCGGGGAACAUUGUGCAUUCUAUAUAAAGUUACCCAGGGUACAGAGUUCCUUCAAAACAAAAGAGUAAUAACACUAAAAACCCUAACACUCCAAGUGCUGAUCACAUUUGAGCAGAGAACCAGCAUAUAGUGUGUACAUGUACAGUGAGGUCUAAGAAAGAAAAAGUGAAUUCCGUGACUUUCAGACUGUGGGGCAGUAAAAAGAGACAAAGAAAUAUGUGGCAAAAAAGACCUAGAAAGGAAUAAUAUAAUAAAUAUCUUCUCUGGUUCUUUAUCUCUUACAGCUCCAUUUUGAACCCAAAGUAGAUGAUGCUGUCAAGGCUGAACCACUGACCAGAGUCUGAAAAAUCUUCAUCUUCUCGUUGGCCACCAGUUGAGAUAAGAUGGAAGACUCUUACAAGGAUAGGACUUCACUGAUGAAAGGUGCCAAGGACAUUGCCAAAGAGGUGAAGAAACAAACAGUAAAAAAGGUGAACCAAGCAGUGGACCGGGCCCAGGACGGAUACACCCAGAGGUCCUACAGUCGGUUCCAAGAUGAAGAAGAUGACGAUGAUUACUACCCUCCUGGAGAAACCUACGACGGGAAGGCCAAUGAUGAUGAAGGCUCAAGUGAAGCUACAGAAGGUCAUGAUGAAGACGAUGAAAUCUAUGAAGGGGAGUAUCAGGGCAUCCCCAGCAUGAACGAAGGGAAAGACAGCAUCGUGUCGGUGAGGCAACCCAAGGUUGAUAAGUUCAAGGACCGCCGGGAGCUGGAGUCAGAGAGGAGAGCCGACGAGGAAGAGCUAGCCCAGCAGUAUGAGCUGAUAAUCCAAGAGUGUGGUCACGGCCGUUUUCAGUGGGCUCUUUUCUUCGUCCUGGGCAUGGCCCUCAUGGCUGAUGGUGUGGAGGUGUUUGUCGUGGGCUUCGUGUUGCCCAGUGCUGAGACGGACCUGUGUAUACCAAAUUCAGGAUCCGGAUGGCUAGGCAGCAUAGUAUACCUCGGGAUGAUGGUGGGGGCAUUCUUCUGGGGAGGACUUGCAGACAAAGUGGGAAGGAAACAGUCUCUUCUGAUUUGCAUGUCUGUCAACGGAUUCUUUGCCUUCCUUUCAUCAUUUGUCCAAGGUUAUGGCUUCUUUCUCUUCUGUCGCUUACUUUCUGGAUUCGGGAUUGGAGGAGCCAUCCCCACCGUGUUCUCCUACUUUGCGGAAGUUCUGGCCCGGGAGAAGCGGGGCGAACACCUGAGCUGGCUCUGCAUGUUCUGGAUGAUCGGUGGCAUCUACGCCUCAGCCAUGGCCUGGGCCAUCAUCCCGCACUACGGAUGGAGCUUCAGCAUGGGGUCGGCCUACCAGUUCCACAGCUGGCGUGUGUUCGUGAUCGUCUGUGCUCUCCCCUGUGUCUCUGCUGUGGUGGCCCUCACAUUCAUGCCUGAAAGCCCACGGUUCUUGUUGGAGGUUGGAAAACAUGAUGAAGCUUGGAUGAUUCUGAAGUUAAUCCAUGAUACAAAUAUGAGGGCACGGGGCCAGCCUGAGAAAGUCUUCACGGUAAACAGAAUCAAAACCCCCAAGCAAAUAGACGAGCUGAUUGAAAUUGAGAGCGACACAGGAACGUGGUAUAGGAGGUGUUUUGUUCGAAUCCGCACAGAAUUGUACGGAAUUUGGUUGACUUUUAUGAGAUGUUUCAACUACCCAGUCAGGGAAAAUACAAUAAAGCUUACAAUUGUUUGGUUCACCCUGUCCUUUGGGUACUAUGGAUUAUCUGUUUGGUUCCCUGAUGUCAUUAAACAUCUACAGUUGGAUGAAUACGCGUUACAAAUUAAAAAAGUGGAGAGAGAGAAAUAUGCAAAUUUCAGCAUUAACUUUACGAUGGAAAAUCAGAUUCAUACCGGUGUGGAAUACGACAAUGGCAGAUUCUUAGGGGUCAAGUUCAAGUCUGUAACUUUCAAAGAUUCCAUUUUUAAGUCUUGCACCUUUGAGGAUGUGACUUCACUCAAUACCUACUUCAAGAACUGCACAUUUAUCGAUACUGUCUUUGACAACACAGAUUUUGAGUCAUAUAAAUUCAUUGACAGUGAAUUUCAAAACUGCGUAUUUAUUCACAACAAGACGGGGUGCCAGAUCACCUUUGAUGAUGACUAUAGUGCCUACUGGAUUUAUUUUGUCAACUUCCUGGGAACGUUGGCAGUGUUGCCAGGGAACAUCGUGUCUGCUCUCCUAAUGGACAGGAUUGGGCGUUUAACAAUGCUGGGUGGCUCUAUGGUGCUUUCGGGGAUCAGCUGUUUCUUCCUUUGGUUUGGCACCAGCGAAUCCAUGAUGAUAGGCAUGCUGUGUCUGUACAACGGGUUGACCAUCUCAGCCUGGAACUCUCUUGAUGUGGUCACUGUGGAGCUGUACCCCACAGACAGGAGGGCUACAGGCUUUGGCUACUUGAAUGCUCUAUGCAAAGCAGCAGCCGUCCUUGGAAACUUAAUAUUCGGCUCCCUGGUGGGCAUCACCAAAGCAAUCCCCAUCCUGCUGGCUUCUACCGUGCUCGUGUGUGGAGGACUGGUGGGGCUGCGCCUGCCCGACACACGAACCCAGGUUCUGAUGUAAUGGGAAACAAAGCCAUCCACCCCGUGUUUCUUUCUGCUGCCAUGUAUCAACUCUCCUGACUGACUCAAAGGCUUCAGAUUUUUCAUACAUAGAAAGGUGGUCAGGAAUCAGAACACAAACUCUUUUGCUGUGAUUAAAAUUUAGAUGCAUACAAUCUUGA